ACCUCUGCUCCCGCGCUUCCUGCGCCUGCCUCCAGCUUCCUGCAGCGUUUCCCUUAGACUCUGCUCUAGGACCUGGGUUGCCUGUUUCAGAGCCUCUCCCCGCGGACCCGUUUCUCUGCCGUCCCCAGCGGACUCCCCUGGCCUCGGCCCUGCAAGCUGUUGGGUCUAGAGUGUCCCACCACUUGGGUGACGUCUUCUCUCCCCUGGACCAUUGAACUGGCUUCUCACUGCUCUUCUAGUUCAGCUUUUCCUUAAAGGGCUGUGGUUCUGAGAGAGGCCUGGCCUGGAGGGCUUUUAUCGUGUCGACCACGUUCUUCAUUCUCAGAGGCUUGUUGGUGCCUGGCAUUAGAAGCCCUCUUCGACGGAUCCCCAGCUUCUUCCUGGCUUUGCCUCUGUGUUCUCCAACCGCCAGUCCCGGAAGUCAGCCUCACGUGCAGAGGACAACAGUGCCAUGGCAGACAGUGAAGGGUACCGGAACCCCACAGAGGUGCAGAUGAGCCAGGUGGUGCUGCCCUGCCACACCAACCAGCGUGCCGAGCUGAGCGUGGGGCAGCUGCUCAAGUGGAUUGAUACGACGGCCUGCCUGUCCGCGGAGAGGCAUGCUGGCUGUCCCUGCGUCACGGCCUCCAUGGACGAUAUCUAUUUUGAGCACACUAUUAGUGUUGGACAAGUGGUGAAUAUCAAGGCCAAAGUGAACCGGGCUUUCAACUCCAGCAUGGAGGUGGGCAUCCAGGUGGUCUCUGAGGACCUGUGCUCUGAGAAGCAGUGGAGCGUGUGCAAGGCCUUAGCCACCUUUGUGGCCCACCGGGAGCUCUCCAAGGUGAAGCUGAAACAGACCACGCCAAGGACAGAGGAGGAGAAGACUGAGCACAGUGUGGCAGCUGAGCGCCGGCGCUUGCGGCUGGUCUACGCAGACACCAUCAAGGACCUCCUGGCCAACUGUGCCAUUCAGGAUGAUCUGGAGAGCAGAGACUGCAGCGACAUGGUGCCCGCCGAGAAGACCCGAGUGGAGAGUGUGGAGCUGGUCCUGCCCCCUCACGCCAAUCACCAGGGCAAUACAUUCGGGGGCCAGAUCAUGGCCUGGAUGGAGAACGUGGCCACCAUCGCUGCCAGCCGGCUGUGUCGUGCCCACCCUACACUGAAGGCCAUUGAGAUGUUCCACUUCCGGGGCCCAUCCCAAGUUGGGGACCGCCUGGUGCUCCAGGCCAUCGUGAACAACGCCUUCAAGAAUAGCAUGGAGGUGGGUGUGUGUGUGGAGGCUUACCGCCAGGAGGCCGAGACCCACCGCCGGCACAUCAACAGCGCCUUCAUGACCUUCGUGGUGCUGGAUGCAAAUGAUCAGCCCCAGAUGCUGCCCUGGAUUCGGCCUCAGCCGGGGGAUGGCGAGCGGCGGUACCGAGAGGCCAGUGCCAGGAAGAAGAUGCGCCUGGACAGGAAGUACAUUGUGUCCUGUAAGCAGGCGGAGAUGCCUCUCUCUGUCCCCUGGGACCCGAGCAAUCAGGUGUACCUGAGCUACAACAACGUCUCCUCCCUGAAGAUGCUUGUCGCCAAGGACAACUGGGUGCUGUCCUCAGAGAUCAACCAGGUCUGCCUGUACAUUCUGGAGGAUGAGCAAUACCUCUCCUUCCACAUGGAGAUGCUGGUGCAUGUGGACACAACCCAGGCCUUCCUGCUACUCUCAGACCUGCGUCGGAGGCCGGAGUGGGACAAGCAUUACCGGAGCGUGGAACUAGUGCACCAGGUGGACGAGGACGAUGCCAUCUACCACGUCAUCAGCCCUGCCCUCGGCGGCGAUGCCAAGCCCCAGGACUUUGUGAUCCUGGCGUCCCGGCGGAAGCCUUGUGACAAUGGGGACCCCUAUGUCAUUGCACUCAGGUCAGUUACGCUGCCCACUCAUCGUGAGACGCCAGAGUAUAGGCGCGGGGAGACCCUCUGCUCAGGCUUCUGCUUCUGGCGCAUGGGGGACCAGUUGACCAAGGUGUCCUACUACAACCAGGCCACUCCGGGCUUUCUCAACUAUGUGACCACCAAUGUGGCUGGCCUCUCCUCUGAGUUCUACAACACAUUCAAGGCCUGUGAGCAGUUCCUUUUGGACAACCGAAAUGAUCUGGCCCCCAGCCUCCAGACCCUCUAGGCACCUUCAGUGGCCAACUCACUCCCACUCCAUCCUGCCAAGGACACAUGUGCAGUGCAUUGAGAAAGGCAGACAUUUAUUUUUCCUGCCUCCCUAAUGGGAAGCCUUGACCCAGGGGUCCUUCAGUCCACUGGGUGGUCAGUUUCUGCCAACAUCUGCCAGCAAGUCUUCGCGGUAACUCUGGGGCAGCCUGUAGUAGACCCGGGUUCUGUCCACGGCCCUGGCUGCGAGCAGUACUGUCCGCACAGAUGUAUAGUUGCCCUCUGUGGAGCUGUGCUCCACUGUGACAGUGGCCCGGGGUGAGGCUGCCAGUAGCCUGGCCACAACUCCAGCCAUGCUCUGGCCCAGCAGCCCAGCCUGCAGCUGGAAGGACACAGGUUGCCAGAGGCCCUGGCACAGCUCCAGCAUAUCUGUGAGCAGCUGUUCCCCAUAGCCACUGCCCAGCACCUCCUCAGGCCAGCCUGGUGCCACUGUCACAUGGGGGAAAACCUCGGCUACCGCUGUAAGCAACUCCUUGCCAGCCACGUGGCCAGGAACCACAAAACUCCCAUGGGAGACUGUGGCACCGACCCAUACAGGCCGAGAAAGGUGGCCACGGGUGGAGAGGUGGGCCAGCACUGCCAGAGACGGCCGAAGGGCUGUGGGCUCUGCUAUGUGCAAAUGAAUGCCCCAGCGUCCAGGGUGGGUGGCAAGCUGCAGCAGGCAUGACUCCAGCGUCAGGACAGGGCCACCUGCGGCACGUACUAUGGGCAUAGGAUCCCCAGCUGCAAGCUCCUGGAGGCCAACGUUCAGCAGGAUCAUGCCUUCUUUGUCUGGAAAAGGUGGUGGAGGCAACAGUGUCUGGAGUUCAGUUAUCAGGGGGAUGUCAGAGGCCCUUGUUAGAGGGGUGGAGGGGUGGUAAUGGGCAGCCAAGGAGGAGGAGCUAGUGCCUCUUCUGUCUGGGAUCUGUGGACAGGUCUGGGCCCUAAGUGGAAGGGCUGAUUUACAAAUGUGCCUGGGGCUCAUCAGAAUGACAUGAAAAGCCGUCAGCCUCACAAUGUGGC